CCGGCCCGCACACUCCGUCGCGACCUCUCCCCGAGAGCACACGCGUUUGCUCGCGGCCUCCGCUCCGUAAACUUUACUCGAGAGCUCGCCGGUACCGGUGUCAACAACCAGGAUUGUUAAUCAGCCCUAUCCCAAAUACACAUCGCGCGCCAUCGAUCUCCGUGCGUCCGUCUACUUCAUCCCAUUAAGGAUUUUCCGAGUUAUCAAAUAAAUCUUAUUGAAAGUGCCAACUGGAGUGGACAAAUACAAAUAAGUGCUCCACUAUCGUGACUGUGAAAUUGUUUGUGGUGGAUUGUUGAGGCCAGUUCGGAGAGGACCGUUUAAUAAAGUGCUUCAGAUAUUUCCUCCUCAACGGGACGUAGGAAAAGCCACCGAUUUUUUAUCAACUUUGCUGUAUUUAGCAGAAGGUCUAAUAUAGUUGUGUGAUGCAGAAGUGACGGCUUCACCAUGAUCCGAGACCCCCCGGCCAUGCACAAGCCUGACAGUGCUCCCAGUCAGCAGGAUGAGAAGUACGCCCUCAGCAGCAGCGUAGCCAACACGGGCGGUGCGCGGCUCUGCGCGCAAUGUGGCAAGGUCAUCACAGAACGAUUCCUCCUCAAGGCCAUGGAACGCUUCUGGCACGAAGACUGCCUGAAGUGUGGCUGCUGUGACUGCCGAUUGGGCGAAGUCGGUUCCAAGCUUUACUACAAGGCCGAUCUCAUGCUGUGCAAAAGGGACUAUCUUAGGUUAUUUGGAGCCACAGGCAACUGCGUGGCGUGCAACAAAGUCAUUCCGGCCUUCGAAAUGGUUAUGCGAGCCAAGAGCUUCGUUUACCACUUAGAAUGUUUCGCGUGCCAGCAGUGCAAUCACAGGUUCUGCGUAGGCGACAGAUUCUACCUGUGCGACAAUAAAAUCCUAUGCGAGUACGAUUACGAGGAGCGGCUCGUGUUCGCCAGCAUGGCUGCCAACCCUAGCGGGCUUGCGCACAUACGUCGCCAAGUCAGCGGCUUACAGUCGCCUAGCGCAGGCUACAUCGGCGGCGCGGGCUGCGCCGGCGCGGCCGCGGACAAGGACGGCGGGAACUGCGCGGGCGCCGACGACGCCUCCAGCGGUUACGGCAGCCCGCCCGACCCCGACGUGUGCGAUGCCGCGCGAUGACCGACGAUGCCGCGCCGACUUCUCGCCUCGGUGAAACCCCACUAGUGUCGGCGGGACGCUCUGGCCGUCGCAGCAUCGUCCCUGAGGCGGCGUUUUCGACUCUGCAAGCACCAAGUCUGGAAAACACCGCAAAUUACGUGGCAAUCCCUUCUUUCAUUGUAAAAUAACCAUCAAAAUAAAUUAUUUUGUUUUUAUAAACAUCAGAAUUAAUUUUAAAAUGGAAAAAAUAUUGAGUAUUCGCUGACUAGGGAUGAGGUCUUGGUAGCUCAGUCGGCAGAGCGCUGGAGUAUCGAUCCAGUUGUUGUGAGUGCAGUGCAGUAUUUUUUCCACUUCUAAAUUAAUAUCCAAAAACACUACUAUUUAUAGGUACUUAAAAUUACAAACGAGACUUUACCUAAAACCAACCUCCGAUGUUUCAAGGACGGCAUUGUCCCCGUGGUCGCGAAGCAGAUUAGUUAAAGUUGACAUAAACAUCUUCUGGCUGUACGGAGUUCUUCGAACUACCCGCACUUGGUCCUGGCCCCGUAGCCGAAUGGCACUUCUGCGACGCGAAACGUUACCGAAACGCCGCAGAAAUGUAGUCUGGCUCUGUCGCGCCAAUAUGCAAGAGCGACAG